CUCCGCGUCGCCUCGACCCCGCUCGGCUCCGGCUGCCGGCGGGGACCGGUGGGUCAGCCCGCCCUCGCCCUGCCGGGGGCUUGCCCGCCUCUCUCUCUCUCUCUCUCCUUCCCCUCCCCGCCGGCGCUUUACCCCGCCUCGUCACUCUGCCCUCAGCGUGGGCUGCUCGCCGCCCCUUCCCCCCGUGCUGCCCGUCAUCCCGCCGUGCGCGCCGCUGCCCGGAGCUCCCCCGCCGUCGGGGAUGGCGGGGCUGGCAGCGCCCGUGCGCGCCUGAGCCCCAGCGGCCAGCCCGCCGCCGCUGCGGGAGGAGGAGGAGAGAUGAAGCGCUUCCAGCCUGGGGUCGCGCUGCUGCUCUCGCUGCUGUGGGAGUGUACAGAGGCCAAAAAGCAUUGCUGGUACUUUGAAGGAUUAUAUCCUACAUAUUAUAUAUGUCGCUCCUAUGAGGAUUGCUGUGGUUCAAGAUGCUGUGUAAGAGCUCUCUCUAUCCAGCGACUAUGGUAUUUUUGGUUCCUUUUGAUGAUGGGAGUUUUGUUCUGUUGUGGAGCUGGUUUCUUUAUCCGCAGACGGAUGUACCCUCCUCCAUUAGUAGAAGAACCUACUUUUAAUGUGUCUUACACCAGACAACCAGUCAACACUGCAUCAGGGUCACAACAACCUGGAGUGCCGUAUUACACAGAUCCAGGUGGACCUGUGAUGAAUCCCAUGGCUAUGGCUUUCCACGUCCAGCCCAAUUCCCCACAAGGAAACCCGGUUUACCCACCCCCACCUUCCUACUGCAACACACCACCUCCCCCCUACGAGCAGGUGGUGAAAUCCUCCACGUGAGGACUCUGGCUCUCUAACCUGACUGUGCGAGAAGAAGGUGCAAUUGCAAAAUGACCGAGAUGGAGGGCACCUGCCCUUUUGAACACUUGCUAGUUCUCCAAGUCCUCUCUCCCUUCCUUCCCUGCACCUUUCCUCAUUAAAGUUAUUUGCAAAGGGGGUGAUUUUUAAAUUUUUUUUCUUUUGUUUUUAGUAGAAGUGGAUUUUUUCUUUGUCUUCAAAAUGAGAGAAGUUGUCUUUGUAAUGCUUUUAAUGGAAACCUAUAUUUAAUACCUGUAUGUCUUUCUCUUUAUUUAUUGUUCACUUUAAUCAUGGUUUUAACUGCAUUGUGGCAGGUUACUGAUAGCAGUUCUUUAUGGAGCCCCAGAGUCAUGCACCCUCCUAAGACCCCACAACAGAAAUGUGGGGUCCCCCACAUCUAAGGGAAAUAACAGAGAAAGAGGGUAGAAAUGUUAGGGCAAUGCUUUUAUCAGAAAUUGUGACUACCAUAUUUUUCUUUUAUGAUUUUUUUUCUUGUACACUUUGGUUCUGAUGUUAUACAAAAAGAUGCUGCAAUAGAAGUCGCUGUGACCAGAGUACCAAGCAUUGUCUGAGCCACGGCAGGGACUCUGCCAAGUGCCCUAGAAAAUAGGGAGUCAUUACUUUUAAAUGAUGCAUCCAAACAGUGAAGGACUGGGACUUGAGUUUCUUGUCCAUCACCUGGAUGCUGCCUGUGUGAUUCACAUCCUGGCUCACCUUGUUUUGCCAGCAGUGAGAUUGUAUGAAACAAUACGAUAAUCUAAAUGUUUGUGGUGAGCAGGAGGUGUUACAACCUGAGCUACUUGUGCCUCUUGACAGAACAGGUAGAAACACUGAAAUACGUAGGUUUUCUUCCUUAAAUUGGAAAAUAUUUACAGUAAGAACAGAUAGGAGCAUAGUUGCAGGUUUACUCCCUUUGAUGUUGAUGGGAGUUUAGUCCCAGAGACAUAGUAGCUUUCAUUAUAGUCUUAUUGCUGCCACAAAGAGUACCAAGUGAAGCUGUCAUCUUCAGGUGACAUCUCUGUAAAUCUGCUCUCCUCUCGAGGUUCAGGCAAAUAAUAACUUUUUGGGACAGGUGCUUAAUAGCGUUAUUUGACCUGAUGCACAGAUGGUUUGACUUUCAAUGGCUCAGCUCUUCAUGCGUUUUGUUGUGAGUGCUCAUGGCCAACUCUGAGUGACCACAGGUCACUCGAGUAAACAUUCAAGUAAACACAGAGCCCCUUUACCUGUCAGGGCUCUCUAUGUUUAGCAAAAAUGUGAACCUCCUCUGAAACAUGACUAUGUACUGAUGGGACCUUCUCCCUUUGUGCAUAUUCAGAGUCAUGACACUGAAGAGUUGCCUCCUGCUGCUGAAGGACCUGCAAAAACAGAGCUAGGAGGAGUCCAGUGUGGACCUUUGGGCACCCAGUAAAAGCUUACUCACUGCCAAUACACAGACUGCUCCUGCGUCACGCCAGCCAGGGCACAGAGGUCACUGGGGUGGUUUGGAGUAAUCUGAAGACCUGUGUUACACAGGGAACCAAAGCUUUAUGGUGCCGUUGUUAAGUGCAAGUGGUUUGUGAGAACUUGUUUCUAGGUGUCAAGCUGAAUUUGCAGAGCAUCUCUUUUAUUGUGAAUAUGAGUGUCUUAACAGAAAAACUUCCAAGGGCCACGGUUCCUAAAAGUUGCUGAUGGAGUUGUUAGUGGCCAUCUGGAGCAGAGCGAGGUUUGGAGGAGUACAUUCCUGCAUACCUGACCUGGGUGAAAUUGUAACUAAGGCUUUCCCUUACUGUGCAUCAUAAUAAGGGACAAAGCAAAGUACUUCCGUGUGUGCAGUCAAGGCUUGACAGACACGUAAGGUAACAAAAAAGAACAUUUCCUAUAUGAAUACUAGUUCCAUCAGCACACCACAACUGUAUAUAUUUUCUAAAUUAGUGUGCACUUGAAGUGUAAAGCUGUGUACGUCACUGAGUGUGGUUGUAUGUACAAGACGAUUUUUUAAAAGCAAUCCAACCUUUUUCUGACAAUAGGAAUGACAACAGACCUCAUGUUAGUAGAUAGAUGUUGUUAAGUCCUUUUAUAUUAUGAAAUGUAUCUAUGACAGCUGGCAUUGUCCUGGACGCAUUGAAUAGAAGCCUUUGUACAUUGAAAUUCAA